AUGGAUGCAACCAAGUCAAACAAUGGUGAAAAACCGGGCAACAGCGUUAACCGUAGCUCUAAUCAAAAUCAAUCAAAAAAAGGAACUCGACAAGAAAGUGUUCAAAAUCGGGCAAAAGUCAACGAAGAAGAUGCAAUCACAAAUAGAGAAGAAGAAAAGGAAACAUCCCAAAGAAAAACUCGUGGGAAAACUUUGUGCAAAAAGAUUCAUGCAAGAACUUUGGAAGAGCGAGUAGAAGUGACCUUUAAUGAGGAUUUUCAGCCAAUUGGUCCUAGUGAAAAAGUAGUAUCUGACUUGAGCCUCUUCUUAGGAACAUUGGCUAGGAACUCAACAUUUUGUCCUCUAUGUUACACCAAUUGGUCAGGAAUGCCAGAUGAUAAUAAAAACCGUUUCUGGAGAUAUACUAAUCGGAAGUUUAUCUUGCCGGUUGAAGCACGAGAUUGGAUUGAGACCACUAUUAGAGAGGCGUGGAGAAGAUAUAAGCACAAAAUUAAGAAGAAUCAUUUUUUGAAGUAUUCCAACAUGACCGAGAGACUCAAAAAUCGUCCGCCAAACGUGCCAAUUGCCCAGUUUAAGAGUCUUUGUGCUUAUUGGAGUAAGGAAACUAUACAAGCAAUCAGUGAAAAUAACACUAGAAAUAGAGCUCAACUAAAGUGGAUGCAUCGAAUGGGUCCCAAAAACUUUGCUUUGACUCAUGAAAAAGUGUGUGAAAAGGAAAAAAGAGAGCCCACUCAAUCAGAAAUGUUUGUUGAAACUCGAAAAGGAAAUAAAGGAAAGGAACUGGAUGUAGAAACUGCAAAAGUAAUUUCCCAACUUCAAGAAAUGGUUGAAAAGGAGGAAAGUGAUACAGAAGCUUUUAAAGUUUUUUUUGGAAAGGAGUGUCCAGGCAGGGUACGCUGUUAUGGGAGAAACAUAACUAAAACUUCCUUAAAGAGAAAGGCAGAGAUUAAUGCUUUGAAACAAGCCCACAGUGAAGAGGUCUCUACAUUAAGGGACGAGUUUCAAGAUAAGAUUGAUAGAUUGCAAAAUGCUUUUAAGACCGUAAUACAACAAUGCAAUCCUCAAAUUAAUAUAGAGUCAAUUGAAGAUUUGUUAGGAUUAUCUCAUGGAGAUGCUAAUAGUUCCCCAAAGGAUAUAAGACCGCAAAUGCAUUCAUCUACAUCAACUCAUGCUCCAUGUCAUGGAAAGCAAUGUAUCAAUGAAGAUGUUGAAAAGGACGAUAUAAAUGAUGAAAUUCAAGAGGACGACAUAAAUGAUAAAAUUCAAGAGAACGACCUAAAUGAUAAAAUUCAAGAGGACGACGUAGAUGACGAAUUUCAAGAGGACGACAUAGAUCUAGAUGAUGAAUUUCAAGAGGAGGAUAUAGGUGGUGAAUUUCAAGAGGACAACGUAGAUGAAGAAUUUAUGGAGGAUGACAUAUCUAACGAAUUUCAAGAGGACGAUCUGGAUGCUUUACUCCUAGAAGACAAACUUGAAUGA